CCAGUGACGCCCCCGAGCCCAGCUGCAGAAGCAGCCGCCACCUCCAAUGCACAAGGUGUCACAUUUGAAAAGAAACCUGAGCUCCAGCGAGGCGGCUCCUAGCGACCGGACCCAGGCCAGCGCUUACUGCGCAGCAGGGCGCUGGGCAGCGCUGGAGGAGCCUGAGAGCUCUGGCGGGGAAGACCCCAGCGACCUGAUUCUGGGAUCUCGUCUCUACGCUCUCUUCGCAUUUUUCAGAUUUCCGCUCCUCGAUUAUUUCUUCAAAACGGAGCCUUUACAUCAAGAGAAGGUGCCGGGGCUGGGGCAACCAGGACUUUCCCGGGCUCCCAAGAUGCGCUCCAUUAGGAAAAGGUGGACUAUCUGCACUAUAAGUCUGCUGCUGAUCUUUUAUAAGACAAAAGAAAUAGCAAGAACUGAGGAGCACCAGGAGACGCAACUCGUCGGAGAUGGUGAAUUGUGUUUGAGUCGAUCACUUGUCAAUAGCUCUGAUAAAAUCAUUCGGAAGGCUGGCUCGACUAUCUUCCAGCAUUCUGUAGAAGGUUGGAAAAUCAAUUCUUCCUUGGUCUUGGAGAUAAGGAAGAACAUUCUCCGUUUCUUAGAUGCAGAACGUGAUGUCUCAGUGGUCAAGAGCAGUUUUAAGCCUGGUGAUGUCAUACACUAUGUGCUGGACAGACGUCGGACACUGAAUAUUUCUCAUGACCUGCAUAGCCUUCUACCUGAAGUUUCACCAAUGAAAAAUCGCAGAUUUAAGACCUGUGCAGUUGUUGGAAAUUCUGGAAUUCUGUUAGAUAGUGAAUGUGGAAAGGAGAUUGACAGCCACAAUUUUGUAAUAAGGUGCAAUCUAGCUCCAGUGGUGGAGUUUGCUGCAGAUGUGGGAACUAAGUCAGAUUUUAUUACCAUGAAUCCAUCAGUUGUGCAAAGAGCAUUUGGAGGCUUUCGGAAUGAGAGUGACAGAGAAAAAUUUGUGCAUAGACUUUCCAUGCUGAAUGACAGUGUCCUUUGGAUUCCGGCCUUCAUGGUGAAAGGAGGAGAAAAGCACGUGGAAUGGGUUAAUGCACUAAUCCUUAAGAAUAAACUCAAAGUGCGAACUGCCUAUCCAUCACUGAGACUUAUUCAUGCUGUCAGAGGUUACUGGCUGACCAACAAAGUUCCCAUCAAAAGACCCAGCACAGGUCUUCUCAUGUACACACUCGCCACCAGAUUCUGUGAUGAAAUUCACCUGUAUGGAUUCUGGCCAUUCCCUAAAGAUUUGAAUGGAAAGGCUGUCAAAUAUCAUUACUAUGAUGACUUAAAAUAUAGAUACUUUUCCAAUGCAAGUCCUCACAGAAUGCCAUUAGAAUUCAAAACUUUAAAUGUGCUACACAAUAGGGGAGCUCUAAAACUGACAACAGGAAAGUGUAUGAAGCAAUAAAGCACAUUUUAAAACAUACACACUGAACAUGAACUUUUUUUCUAAAGAUGCUUCUGAAGAUUUGGAAAUAGGAUCCAAAACAAGGCUGGGUUUCAGCAUCCACCAACUGACUAAAGGCUGAAAUAGGAAGUCUAUGUGAAAUCUACCACCAGCUGAUGAAAUACCUGCAAAGUGCUCUAACAAUUAAAUACUUUGACUUCAAGGGUCCUAGUAAGUGCCACUUCCACUAAGAAUACAGUUUGAAUGUAUUAUCAGUAGUGUUUACAAGAUCCAACAGUGUACUCAUCAUUAAUUAGCAAAGCAAAUAUGUUCAUCACUGUAGGGCUGCCACUGCAAUGCCAAGCACAUUGGAAGAGGAACCCAGGAGCACAUCUCAGACCUUGGGAAAUUAAACCAUCCUUGUCAGCAGAAAUCAAGAUGGAAACAGUUUGAGCAGUGAAAUCCAUGAGAUUAAACAACUGGAGUUAAUGCCUUCAGUCAGGACACUGAGUCUGAUCAUGUUUAUGUUUUUUGUUUAUCUUUUGAAGUUUCUUUUGGUUUGGGAAUGGGGUGCUUAGAAAUUCUAUCUAAGAUGCAGAGAUAGGAAAUGCAUAUGAAUGAGAAAAAUAACCACCAAAUAAUCCUUUCUAAAGUUCUUAUAUUUUUCAAAUUGAUUUUGCACAAUUCUAAACCUCUAGAUUAUUUUCAAUGGUGUAGAAGGUACCAGUCAAAAUAUGCCACUCAAUAACAGUGAAACAUUGUAAAAGAGAGAUAUGUUGUGUCUUCUGAGAUGGAAAAAUGGGCAGAAAAAAUUGCACU